AUAGAUGUUGUGGAUAGUGGUCGAUAUAAUGAAUUUGGGUGGGGCAAGCAUUGUUUUGAUAUCACUAUGCAUUCUUUGAAGGGUAAGAUAGAUUCUGGUUAUAAGAGGGUAGUUCGUAGUGACGAGGAUGGUGGGUAUUACAGGUUAUUGGGUUUUCCUUUGGCUAUUCAAUUUUGGUUUUUCGAGUGUUGCCCGUAUGUUAUUGGGAAACUAUCCUUGUACUCAAAUGUUGGCAUUCCAAGGAUUUUGAAUUGGCCUAUAUUACCCAAGGACAAGGAGGGUAUGGUGAAAAUGGAUGUCAUGAACACCCUCAUUUUCGAUCGGUCUUUGAAAGAGUUAAAAUUAAGAAACCUCACUCCAACUUCCGUUGAGAGAUUGAGUUUGAGCCUCACUGAUUUUUUCUCUGGUGAGACUACUCCCGAGGCUGUGAAAUUCAAAAUUAAAGGUGGUUCCAAGCCUGCUGGUCAACCUGGCUUGAUGGGUUCUUCUUCAUCAACUGCUCAUGAGAAUGUCUCCCGAGUUGAAUUUGAGGAAUUUAAAAAGUGUUUAUCUGUUGUUGUCAGCCAGCAAGGGAUUCUUAUGAAAUCUGUUGCUGAGAUGAACAAGAAGCUGGACAUUCUUAUUGAGUCAUCCCAAGGUGGUCCCACUCACAAUGGAUCUCAGUCUGAAGAUGCUCUUCGUACUUCAGAAAAUGAGGAUGAUGAAGAUUCCACUUCGGAGGAAGACGAGGAUGAUAAAUUCGACGAUGACAAAGGAGAUGAUCAUCAUGACGAUGAAACUGAUGAUGAUGAUGAUGAUCUUGGGGGAGAUGGUGUUGGUGCUGGUCAGGAUGAGGCUCACACGGGCGAUGUUCGUAACGAUGAGGGUGUUGUUGUCCCCGCGGUUGUUUCGAGGGAUGAUGAUACCGGCAAGGUCGAUGAUGCCAAGAAUUCUGAAACUGUGGAACCUAUUGCAGAGAUCAAACAGGUGUGUUUCUUGUUUGGACAUCAUUUUUGGUUUGUGCUUUUUUUUGUGUGUUUCUGUGUUUUGUGUUUGUUUUAAUAGUGUUUUACUGUUUUUUUUGUUAUCAGCCUGAUCAGUCUCAAGGUGGGGAGGAGAACAUUGAUGUUGAUGCAACAAUUGCAUCUGCUGUUAAAGCUGUGGAGAAUUUGGUUUGUGUUUAUGUUUUUUUUUAAAUAUUUGUAUUUAUUUGGUUUUAUAUUGUUGUUUUUAUGGUGUUUUAAUUGUACUGUUUGAAAUUUAAACAUAAGUCUUUUUAUUUAUCCUUUCUCUUUUUUAGAUUGGUUCCUCAACUCAUGCCCCUGCUCCUGUUGAGACUUCUGAGAAGA